GGGGUUGCCGAGAAAUUUACAAGAAGAGUGUAUCGCCAAAGUCCCUUUGUGCGACGAAGUCCUUCGCCGAGAGCUGAGGGCGUGGGAAAGCAGGUUUUCGCUACAUCGCAUGCUGAUGUUACUGUAUAUUCCUGCAGUAUCGUCAGCAUAUUCCUCUAGGGCAAAUGUAAUAUGUUUUUACCAUGACGUCUGGUCUUCCUGCAGUCAUUAAGGUGGAUAAAAGUCCUUCGAUAUCACUGCACUCUGAUUGUUAAAUCUGGGCCGAUCCUCUUACAAUUGACAGCAUGCGACUCCUGAUCGAAAAAUCACACGAUCGCUGGAAGUUCGACUUCACGUCGUCUUCUGUCAACGACGAUUUGUGGCCAAGCUACCACACACUCGUUACUCUCGACCCAACGACAACACCCCAAAGCGACUGUGCAUGUUCAUCGAGUGGUAACAAUUGUGGAACACAAAACCGGACUGUGCAAGACAGUUUAUCGAAAUCCUCUCGUCGGGGAAGUAUUCGAGAGUGGUUCCGCUCGUCUUUCCGUCGUUCCUCUCGAAAGGUUUCUAACGCUCAUCACAAACACGUGUUGGAACUGCCCGGAACGUCAACACCUCAAGAACUCCUGGACUUGUCCAUGAUGUCUGAGCUACCUGAACAGAAUGUCUACGAGCUUGGAGCUGGAUGGAACAGUACUUAUGGCCUAGACUUCCAUGAGGAUCCUAUUGACCAACCUACGCAAUAUCACUUCCAACCAAAAAUGAUACACGCUGAUAUCGAUGGAACAACCCGUCAGAUUCGCGGAUCGAUUACAACACCUGUCCAACCAAUACAAACUUAUGGCGAAGGACACUGGAAUAUACCUCCAGGCACAACGAGUGAAAACAGCUCCUUUACUCACUCACCAGUGUCGAUGCUUGAGCAGUCGCCCAUUACUCCCAAUGACCCUCCUCCUGCAUUUCAAGAGUUCUCAAACGGUACUGAACUGCCGAGCGGAAUCUUUCCUCCAUUGAUGGACCAAGGUCGGCCCAUGGGCCAUGCACAUUGCGCACACGAUGCGCCGCCACAAUACUCUUCACAUCCUGUCUAUCAGUCUCAUGUCACUGCUAGCCAGGUGGAGAUAUUUCAUUCCUCAAAUGGGUUUGGUUCUCCGGGUGUUCCUACGUACAACAACUAUCGCCGCCAAUCUCCCUCUGAUGCGGAGUUCUUCGUACCACCCCACCAAGCUUAUCAAGAUCCACUACGAUCGCAACCUUUCAUUUCCGAGCCUGGAAGCUAUUGUCAUUUACAUGCCGACCAAGGUCUGGAUCCUCGCAUGAUGGAAACUAUCUCGCACUGUCACUGCCAAGCCGCUGUUAACUCUAACGAAAUGAAUGAGUACACAUUUGCAACCGCAAGCCAACCAUCGUCUACAGCCGAAUGGAUCCAGAGCGAAGGAUAUUCCAAUGGAACUCAAUCUCGGGCUCUCAUUCACCAAACCGAUGAUUCCGAUGUUGCGCCUGAAGCUCAUCAUCUUCCAGUGUCACACCCGACUGCAACAUACCCUCCAGUCAAAUGUGGGCAGUGUAGGAAACUAUUCAUCGGCAAGUUCGGAGCCGGAAACUUGACAAGACAUAUUCGCCAUGUCCAUAAUAUGAUGAAAAUCGUAUGUCGCGUCUGUGAGAAAAGCUUCAAGCGUGGUGACGCACUGCGCAAACACAGAUGGACAAAGCACCACGAAGAGGAUGCAAGGCCGAAACCCAAGAAGGUGGGUGAUGAAAUCAUGAGUGGAUGAAUAAAUGAACAACCGGUUGAGUUGAUAUGGUACGCUUCUGAGAGGCUGGUCUCUUUUUUUUGUGGUUUUGAAUCGCGUAAUCUUGCUGGGCGAGCUGGUAACUGUUGGGGGGGUCUGACAUGGCUGGAACCUUGUGAAGCUUCUGUCAGCGAUUCAAUACAUGAUCAGGUACCAUUAGUAUAUUGAUUAU